AUGACGCUGGGCUGCAGGUUUACGUGCUUUGCUCGUUUACGGUAGUGGUAGAAAGCUUCGAAGGGCGAGCUUUUAAACAGCCUAGCUGGUUUGGAAAGUUUAAAGACUUGUUAAAAACCAAGCAGCUAAGUUAUCUGUCUGCAGAUCUAGGGUUUUACCAUCACACCGACUAGCUGGGACAGUGGAGUUUAGCUGCUUUGCCAGCUAGUAGCCAUAUAUAUUUUUUUAUUUCCUGGAGCAGAGACGGAGUAUUUAUCUUCUCCAGGCUUUAUGCAGAGGAAGCUUUUCCACUUCAGUCUGCUUUCCUAAAGUUUAGAGUUGAGAGGCAGCAUACCGAUUAGAGAAGCUUACUGGUAACCCUGGAUCACGGCUCUGAGACCGCCGCCGCUCAAUAUGUGCUGUCAAGGUCAGCCAUGCAUCUGAGGCCCUAUCCGAAGCUCCUGCGCUCAGAGUUGCAUUUGGAUGCAGCUGCAGUUCAGACGUCCUCUCAGAGGAGCCAGCAGGAGGUGCUGAGGAAGAAGAUGUCCAGUGAGCGGAGCAGCCGUUCGCCUUUACGUUUAAUCUCCACCAACACCCUCUGCUGUGGCGCCCCCCCCUCACCGACCAGCAGGUACCACCCAACUCUGGGUCCGUGCCAGAACACGGCGGAGGAUGGCGAUACAACGCUGAACAUGUGGACCGUCAUCAAACCAGGACACGUGCGUGAGAAGAUUGCCAUCUUCGCUUCAGAGGGGAGGCUGACGGACGGGACUGAGGACGGCGCACGCGGCUCGGAGAGCUAUUUGAGCCGCUGCAAUGCAGCAGGGAUGACGUGUGUGAGCAGCGGCGCUCUGUCGGGGCAGUUCCGUGCCGUGAAGGCAAAGGGAAGCUGGGAGGAGAACAGCUCUGCCAAGAGGCGCCGCAGGUCCCUCAACAACCAGAAGCAUCAGCUGGACCAGAGCAGCCGUAUCAUGAGCGAACAGCUGUGUGACUUCAGAGCAAAGCCGAGGGGUUCAAAGUCAGCCGGCGGGCCGUGUGGGGAAGCGCCGCCGUCGGCAGAGCAGGAGCAGAAGGUUUCGGUUGUGGACAUGGUGGCUUUCCUGGAGCACAGAGCGAGCGAGCUUCAGCCGAACCUCAAACCUCUGCUGAAUAUCCAGAGGAGCUGCACCACCAUCACCCUGUCCAAAACCAUCCGGCCAGAGAUCAGGGAGGGGGAGGAGCCAGAGAUCGUCAGGGUCUCAGAAAUGGUGGCCAAGCUGGAGUCGGAGUGUCUGAGGAGCUGCGAGACCAGUCUGUCCAGGAGCAACAGCCUAAAGAGGACAGUGGGCCGAGUCCUCCUCGCUGCAGGGCAGAAAAGCUUCAGCCCACAGCCAGAAACCUCCCCGGUAACAAAGGGUUCUUCAUCACCAUCACCAUCAUCACCACCUGAGCCUCUGAGCAGCAGCGAGAACCCUAUUAGUUCAUCACACACAGUCAGAGCGGAGCCCCCAGCCGCAGCGGCACCUUCAGGGGUCUCUGCACUGCAUUCAGGUGAUCCUACUGGGAAGGUUUCAGAAGAGACGGCAGCCACCCCCCCACCCCCUCAGUCUGAGGAGCAGGAGCCCCUGCCCGGCCUCCUGUUUCUCUCUCCUGAUGAGACAGAGUCAAACCUCUGCGCUCCUCAUCACAGGACAAGCUUCUACCUCCAGCCGACCCUUCCUCCUGCCUCUCCCGUCAUCAGCCCCCUUCCCCAGUCGGAGAAGAACUCUCGCUCUGCCGCAGUGCCUCUUGGCAGGAGUCCCUCGGCGUCGCAGGACUUCCUAAAAGUGCGGCAGAGGCUGCAGCAGCUGCUGGCGCCUCAGUCGUACCUGCUGCUGCUCCCCCAUCACCUGUUGGUGAACAUGUUCCUGCUGCUGCCCACGCAGAGCCUCGCUGCACUCAAGUGCACCUGCAGCUACUUCAAGUUCAUCAUCGAGAACUACGGCGUGCGCCCCGCCGACUCGCUCUGGGUGUCCGACCCCCGCUACCGUGACGACCCCUGCAAACAGUGCAAAAAGCGUUACUGUCCAGGGGACGUGUCCCUGUGCCGCUGGCACCACAAGCCUUACUGCCAGGCUCUGCCCUACGGGCCAGGCUUCUGGAUGUGUUGCCAUGGUGCCCAGAGGGAUGCACCUGGCUGCAACGUGGGUCUCCAUGACAACCGCUGGGUGCCUGCAUUUCACAGCAUCAAUGUGCCAAUUUAUAAGAGGAACUAUAGCCAUGAAAGCUGAAUGAUUGAGUGUUUGUGUGAAGCCUUAAGUCCUUCCGCUGUCAUCAGCUGACGCCUUCAGUCUCUAACAUUUUACUUUUUACUGAAAUGAUUUCCAGCACCAGAUCUGUUCUGUCCCGAAUAAAGCAUGUUAAACCAAAAUAGAUCAGGCUGUUGCUCUGAGAUGCAAACUUUGGUGCUGCAGCGGCCUGUCCAACUGCUUCUACCCGCUGUGUGCAUUCAAGCGGAUUCAGCUCGGUUCUGUUCAUAUUCGGCAGAACCGGGUCGUUAUAUCUUUUUUUCUGGACGUUGAGGGAUGUGUUAAAGUCACUUAUGUAAAAGCUUUUUUUUAUUUAGGAGUAAAACUCGGGUCACCUGUUCAUUUUUUUUGUUUGGGAAUAAAAAUUUCUUUUUUUUUUUUUUACACAUUUUAACCAGAAAAAUCCCAGGAUUAAGAUAUCCAAGCAGCUGAGAACAGAUUUGUGUUCUACAUGUUUUGAGUUGCUGUAUGAAAUGUGGCGCCCCCUACCUCUCAGGUCGCCACCUUUCAGAUUUCUUCUGUUUUUUUUUUGUUAAUUGAUCACUGAUCAACAGAUUGGACUUUUAUCCAGAGGAGAGAGGAUUCAGAGCCAGGACUCUUCUGUAAACCAGAUUUCUGAGAACUGUUGCAAAAAUGGAGCUUAGAUCAAUUGGCUAGCUGGGCUGGUAACAGCGGGGCAGGAAGUCAGAACAUUCAACUUCUCAGCUGGUUUUAAAUAACUGAUGUGAGGAAAUGAUCUGUUCAUACCAUAGGAACAAAUGGUAUAAGCAAAUCAACAGGAGAGCAUGUAAAGCUUCCAAAGUAGAACGUGAUCCCAAACACACCAUGUUUGUUUUUGCAUAGGAUUUGUUUGAGUGCUUCCAUUAGCUGACGGAUAAUCAUUUUAUCUCUUUGUAGGACGUGGAGAAAUGUGGCCUUGGGUCUUUGAGACGAUGCAAUAUGGAAAAAACUUGACAGUAAAGAUUAUUUUAAAAAGCUCUAAAAAAAAAAAUAAAAUAAAGCAUAAUAGAAGAUGUGAACGUAAAGUUUGUUUGCUGGGUUAUGUCUGCUGCCUCUGAAA